AUCGUGUCGCUGAACAAGUGGGGCCAGUACGCCAGCGACGUGCAGCUGAUCCUGCGCCGCACCGGGCCCUCGCUGAGCGAGAGGCCGACCUCCGACAGCGUGGCUCGCAUCCCGGAGAGGACUCUGUACCGGCAAAGCUUACCGCCCCUCGCCAAGCUGCGGGCUCCCAGCGACAAAUCCAUGAAGAGGAGGGAGCCGAAAAGGAAAUCCCUCACCUUCACCGGAGGGGCCAAAGGGUUGAUGGACAUCUUUGGGAAAAGCAAGGAGUCCGAGUUCAAGCAAAAGGUGCUCAACAACUGUAAAACGACGGCGGAUGAGUUGAAGAAAUUGAUCCACCUCCAGACGGAGAAGCUUCAGUGCAUCGAGAAACAGCUGGAGUCGAACGAAGCCGAGAUCCGCUACUGGGAACAAAAGUAUAACUCCAGCCUGGAAGAAGAAAUCCUCAAGCUAGAGCAGAAGAUCAAAAGGAACGAAGUGGAGAUUGAAGAAGAGGAGUUCUGGGAAAACGAGCUGCAGAUCGAACAGGAGAAUGAAAAACAGCUGAAGGAGCAGCUGCAGGAGAUGAGGCAGAGGAUCCUGGAGUGCGAGAGCAAGCUGAAGGACUACAUGUCUCAGAUCCACAACAUGGAAAGUGGCCUUGAAGCAGAGAAGUUGCAGCGGGAAGUUCAAGAGUCCCAAGUGAACGAAGAAGAGGUCAAGGAAAAGAUCGAGAAGGUGAAGGGUGAAAUUGAUAUUCAGGGCCAGCACAGUCUGAGAUUGGAAAAUGGCAUUAAAGCUGUAGAAAGGUCUUUAGGCCAAGCUACCAAAAGGUUACAGGUAAGAAAGUCCUUUUUAUCCAUAGCAAAGAAAAGCCAAAGACUUGACUGUAACAAAUUUCUCUUGCACAGAUUUGGAGCCCAUGAAAGAAAACACGAGAAAGUUUCUGCAGUGAAUUUGG